GCACAAGACAAACGCUUCCACUCUUCAAAAUUUUAAUAUUUAUUUUCUUUUACAAACAUUUUACUUCAUAUUCCGGGUAAAUAAAUAAACCACUAUAAAUAGAGCGGAAAUCUGUAGCGGAAGUUAUAAACUGCUUGAUACAUUUAUCUAUUUUUCAUCACAAAUAAACAGUGAUUAUCAACUUAUCUGGUUAGUGAAUUCAAUCUCCUUUUUAGUCCUUCCCAGAAGAAGAUAUGGGAAGUGAGUCUUACGAGGAGGCGAUUGCAGCUUUGUCGAAGCUUCUCAGUGAGAAAGCUGAUCUCGUAAGUGUUGCCGCUGAAAAAAUCAAGCAAAUAACAGCCGAGUUAGAGGCAGCUGGCAGUUGCGACGCCGACAACCGGAUCAAAACCGGUUUCCUUCAUUUCAAGUCAGAAAAAUUCGAGAAAAAUCCUGAUUUGUACGGUACACUUGCCAAAGGCCAAAGCCCCAAGUAUUUGAUAUUUGCAUGCUCGGACUCUCGAGUGUGUCCGUCCCACAUCCUGGAUUUCCAGCCAGGGGAAGCUUUUAUGGUUCGAAACAUUGCCAGCAUGGUCCCGCCAUAUGACAAGAAUAAAUACUGCGGAGUUGGUGCGGCUAUUGAAUAUGCAGUCCUGCAUCUGAAGGUGGAGAAUAUUGUGGUCAUUGGACACAGCAACUGUGGAGGUAUCAAAGGGCUAAUGUCUAUCCCAGAUGAUGGCACCACUGCUAGUGAUUUCAUAGAACAAUGGGUUAGUAUCUGUGGAUCUGCAAAGACCAAGGUGAAAUCAGAAAAAAACGAGAUGAGUUUCGCGGAGCAAUGCACCUACUGCGAGAAGGAAGCAGUGAAUGUAUCUUUGGGGAACCUAUUGACAUAUCCAUUUGUGAGAGAGGCAUUGGUUAAGAAAACCCUUGUCUUGAAAGGUGCACAUUAUGAUUUUGUCAACGGAAAGUUUGAUCUUUGGAAUCUCAACUUCCAAAUCUCUCCCACCUUAGAUUUAUGAGCUUUUUUUCUUUUGCACUUUCAGCAUAUCACAUUGAAUAAAAAUCAAUUGUUGGAUCGUUUUUGGACUAAAAAGAAAUUGAGUUAGCCCGAGUUUGCAUGUAGCAAAACAAAAUUGAGGACAAAGCAUGAGAAUGAGCAUGCAUUACUCCUUAACCCAUAAAUAGAAGGAUAAUGCAUUUUUGUGCAUUCAAACUCGCAUCUUCUUACAUUAGUAACAAUGCUCAUUUUAAUUGAGUUAAGACUCAAUUAGCAAAAGCAUAUAUUAUUAAGAAUGUUGUUUCUUUUUACUAUGUUCAAAUAAAUAAAAAUUAAUUUAAAUAAGAAAA